AUGGACCUCUCCAACCUACAAGAGAAGGUCAGCAACCUGACCUUAUACGAUCUCAAGGCUGGAGUUCGCAAAGUGCAAAAUGCCGUCAUGAACUAUACCGAGAUGGAGGCCAAGGUUCGAGAAGCUACAAACAAUGAGCCUUGGGGCGCUUCAACUACAUUGAUGCAGGAGAUUGCCAAUGGCACGCACAGCUACCAGUUACUCAAUGAAAUUAUGCCGUUGAUCUACAAGCGAUUCACCGAUAAGAGUGCAGAGGAGUGGAGGCAGAUUUACAAGAGCCUACAGCUUCUCGAAUUCUUGGUGAAGAAUGGUUCGGAGCGAGUGGUCGACGACGCGCGAUCUCAUAUGUCCUUAUUGCGGAUGUUGCGACAAUUCCAUUUCAUCGAUGCGAACGGCAAAGACCAGGGUAUCAACGUGCGCAAUCGCUCAUCGGAGCUAGUCAAGUUGCUGGGCGACGUAGACCAGAUUCGCACCGAGCGCAAAAAGGCACGCGCCAAUCGCAACAAGUUCGGUGGAUUUGAAGGUGGCAUGAGUGUUGGUGGUGGCAUGUCUUCUGGUUCUAGCCGAUACGGCGGCUUCGGCAGUGAAAGCCUUGGGUAUGGUGGUUACAGCGGGGGUGUCUACGGUGACGGCGGAGGCUUUGGCGGAGCUUCGAGUGACUUCCAAGACACCAGUCGCGAUACCAGCCGCCGUGGAAACCGAUUCGAGGAAUAUGAUGAAUAUGACGAGGGAUCGUCUGCCGCCCCCCGACGUGAUUCCGCCCCGGCUCCAAAGCCCAAGGCGGAGCCGAAAAAGCCGGAGCCUGCUCCUGUCGUAGAUCUUUUCGAUUUCGGAGACGACGAGCCAGCAGCCCCCGCUCCGGCGGCGCCCUCUGUCGCGGCGGGCAAACAGCCUGCUAGCAGUGGAUUGAAUGUCUUGGACACGACGGCGGAUGACGACGACUUUGAUGAUUUCCAGUCGGCUACUCCAGGAGUCUCGUCCGCCGCUGCUCCUUCAUCCGCCUUCGCCAUCCCACCUCCAUCUACAACUCACAGCACGACCUCGAGCACACAAUUCGCAGCACCUGUGCCUGUCUCUGCCUCACAGGGGCAAAACAUCAACGGUAUUGUUGGUUUCACAUCUGCUACACCUACGCCUACCACCAGCUCUGUUGCUUCGCCAGUCUCGCAGACCGCACCUAUGCAGCCCACCAUGGCAUCAAGACCAUCUGGCUACCAAGCUGCGACGCCAAACUACUUUACUUCUGUGUCCAUCGGGUCUGCACAGCCUUUCUCAAACCAUUCCGCCAAGCCAUCUCUGUCUUCUCCCAUCGCUGCGUCGCCUGCUAGCAAGUCUACAGCUACUGCUGCGAAGAAGUCCUCUGGUGACGCCUUUGGAUCUCUUUGGUCCACCGCCAGUGCCAGCGCCGGUAUUGCCAAACCCAAUGCCAACGCUAACAAGGGUCCCAAUCUGGCCAGCAUGGCCAAGGAAAAAGCUAGUGCUGGCAUUUGGGGUGCACCAGCCGCUGCGUCCUCUCCGGCUCCGUCGGCAUCCCGGCAAAAUCAGGGAGGUGGCUCUGCCUUUAAUGAUCUGCUAGGCUAA